AUGAAGCUCAUCCACUCCGUCGCGCUCGUCAUGCACGUAUCUAUCAUCCUGGCUGGCCUCGCCUCGGCUUCCGACACGCCGCUCAAUGCGCCUUCGAAGAUCAACACCGCGCUCUCCAAUGAGGGGCAACGUCGUCUUCGUCUCGAGACAGUGGCGGGAGAAGCUCGCGGCUUUGGAGAACUGGAAAAACUGGAGACUGUUGUUGAGGAGACGGCCCCCAACUUCCGAAAGUACGUCCACAAACUAAAUGAACCUGAUGAUGAUACAACGGGGGUCGCGGUUGUCCGAACUGAUCUUCAAGGUCAAAUCAACUAG